GAGUGUAACGGCUAGAAAAGCCAACCUUCACUCUGAUCUAAGAUUUGGUGGUUGAUAGCAUGCAUCCGUAGAACGCGAACAGCUGCGAUCUCAAUUUUACGUCUAUAACAUUUUCUGUCUAACCAAUUUUAAUUUAGGUAAAGAUUUAUUAUAAUUAUUCAGAGUUACCCUUGAUAUUUCUACGGAUGUGAAGUGAUGUGUGGUAUUUUAAACAAAUUAACUAAGAGCUGAAAUAGACUUUCCAAUUAUUAGUUUUCAAUAGAGCGUUGCGCGUCGCGCUUAGUGCAAGUGGAUAAACAAUUUUUUUUAUUACGCUUGAGAAACUAUUGCAUGGAUUAAGUUUGUUUUGGCCCCACUGAAACAAGGUCACAAUAUCGGCAAAGUAUAUAACUCGCUGUUGGAAAUAUAACAGAACUGUUGUCUUUUCGCUGAAGAUGGUUACGGUGUGUUAUAGAGCAACUGUUUACAUAUAUUAGCUCUGGUCAUAGUACAAUUUUACGAUAUGUUGCGAUUGAUAAUCGUAUUGGCGGCGACCUACGCUACACGGGCGCAAAAUGACUCCGCCAGUCUGCAGACCGUCAGAUUUAAACAGAAUACUCAGGGUCCAAUUGGCAUCAUGACCACCAGUGCCGGAGCACCUAUUGACGUAGUACAAGCAAGAGUGACAUUGAAUUCGCGCUUGAUUUUUAAUGAGUAUUUCAUGGAUUCGAUAACACAUUUGGUAAGAGAGAGAAUCCCCGAGCGCGUAGUUCACGCCAAAGCUGGAGGUGGAUUCGGAUAUUUCGAAGUAACCCAUGAUAUUACUGACAUUUGUAAAGCUAAACUCUUCAGCUCUGUUGGCAAAAGGACGCCGGUAGCAGUAAGGUUAUCUCCUGUAGUGGUCGAAAGGGGAGGCCCAGAUACCAAUCGUGAUGUUAGAGGGUUCGCUAUUAAAUUUUAUACUGAGGAUGGUAACUUCGAUAUCGUGGGUUUCAAUACUCCAAUGUUUGUUAUUAAAGAUCCGCUACUAUUCACAGCAUUCGUAAGGUCACAGAAAAGGAAUCCAGAAACAAAUUUGAUGGAUUCGAACACAUACUGGGACUUCUUAACUUUACAGCCAGAAGGUUUAUUUAUGUUUAUGAUAGUAUUAGGAGAUCGAGGUAUACCCAGUAGUUAUCGUCACAUGCCAGGAUUUAGUAUACACACGUUUGAAUUAGUCAAUGAACAUGGGGAAAGGCAUUUUGUAAGGUUCCAUUUUAUUCCGGAAGCUGGUAUUAAAAACUUAAGUUCUGAGGAAGGUAGAAACAUUGGAGCAGUUGAUCCUGACUAUCUAACUCGUGAUUUAUAUAAUGCUAUUGCUAAUGGAAAUUUUCCAGCAUGGCAAGUUAGUAUUCAAGUACUAACUUUAAAUGAUGUCCAUACUGCUGGAUUUGAUGUAUUCGACGUGACAAAAGUCUUGCCGCUAGACAAGUAUCCACUGAGACCAUUGGGACGCUUUGUUUUAAACAGAAAUGCACUGAACUACUUCGCGGAUGUUGAACAGUUAGCAUAUAGUCCAUCCAACCUCGUACCUGGUAUACUUGGAGCUCCAGAUAAACUUUUUGAAGCUAGACGUCUGGCUUAUAGAGACUCACAGUAUUACCGUCUAGGAGCUAAUUUCAAUAAAAUUGCCGUCAAUUGUCCUAUUCAUAAAGCUUUAGCUUAUAAUCGUGAUGGUGUUGCGCCCGUUAAAGAUAACGAAGAAGGUAUACCAAAUUAUUAUCCUAACAGCUUCAAUGGACCAGUGCCUUAUAAAGACGACGAUUUACCGUCUUUAAUAGAUAUACAUCAAGAUGAGCCAGAUAAUUUUGAUCAAGCUAGAAGUAUGUAUGAAAAUGAAAUGACGGCUGGCGAAAGAAGUAGAUUAGUACAGAAUAUUGUUGAAAGUUUGGGCAAUGCUGCGCCAUACCUUCAAGAAAGAGCUGUAAAAUUGUAUACUCUUAUCCAUUCCAAUUUAGGUAGCAGAAUAGCUGAUGGUUUAGCGGUAAAUAGAACUACUUCUGGUUAGAAUAAUUACGAGGAAUUUCAUAGAGUUUGUAAUAGAUAAUUCCAAUAAAGAGUAGUAUAUAGACUUAUUUAUCUAUGAUAUGGAUUUGAUAUGUGAGGAAAAAAUUAUGAUUACUUUUGUAGUCUUCACUUCAUUAAUGUUUUGUAGUCUAUAUUAGUAAAAUAUUAAGGUAUUUGGUACCUUAAUAUUUGUUAUAGUAUUAUAGCAUAUUUUUUAUUUAUUCAACUGAUAAAUGAAUUGGUAGUAUAUCAAAAAUACGUUUUUGAUGUCUUAUUGAAUAAUGUCAGUAGAAUAUAUGUUAAUGAAAUUACCAUAUUGUUUAACAUGAUAUUGUUUAGUUAUUUAUAAGUACAUAUAUACUUUAUGUCACUAAAGAUAUUCUUGUAUCAAAAUCGCAGAUUUUAAAAUAAAUUGUGAUUUUUAUGUAAUUAAACAUAAUUAAAAAUAUUGUGCUGAUUUUUUUUUAUUUUAUAAAAACUUUCUAGCCGCAGAAUAAAGGUCAAUGUCAUGUGGUACUAUUAUUUACUAGCUUUUUGCUCGCUAUUUCGUGCGGGUGGACUUCAGAAGUAGGAAAACCAAUAAAAUAGACGCAAGGCAACAUUCCUUUUUCAAUUUUUGUCACUACAUCGUCUUUCAGUUUACACUUCUCUCUUAUCACAAUUUUUUUAAUUCUAUCUUUUAAUGUAAUACUACACAUACUUCUCAGAGUUCUCAUCUCUACAACAUUUAUCCUUCUUGUAUGCUCUUUCUGCCAUACCCACGAUUCGCUUCCAUACAUGAGUGUUGGUGUCAGUGAGUGUCACUCCCUGAACUAUGGCAAGGCGAGCUUUGCUCGAUAUAUUUUUACUUGACAUAAUCGAGAGCAAUACACCGUCAACACUGUUUCUCGCUUUUACAAAAAUACAAAUAGGCAAAAUGUUUAAAAAAUAUUAUUUUAGCAUCUGUCAGUUUUAGAAAGACCUCUCAUGUGAUUUGUUAUUAAAUAUCUCCAUAUACAGACUUCGUUUCGUUACAAUUUUAAUACAUUAGUAAGGCAAUUCAAUCAAAUAUAAACGCCUGAUAAAAUAUCACUAGCAAAAAGUUUAGACAUAACCCGAUUAAUUGCUAUUAUUUUUAAAUGUUACUGGGAAUUGUCUAGAGUUGAGAAAGCUAAAUUAAUGACUAUGUAGGUAACAGUUUUGUUUUAUUAAUACCUGUUUUAUUCUACUAAUAUAAACAGGAUUAGUGGAUUAUUUCGAAUUUAUAACCUUUCUCUAGUGUGUAGGUCUAGUACAGAUUAGAUUGUAUCUCUUAGGUCACCCGAUAUUAAGCUAAAGGACACCUGGUUAUAAUGUAGGUAAUAAAUAAUGGUUUCUAUAACCAGAUCUGACUCAGUUGUUACGCAUUAUAUUAGGCAAAAUGAUUCAUUAUUGUCUUUAUUUAUAUAUUAUAUUAAAGCUGGUGAUAUUUAUGUAUGCUUAUUUAAUUGCGUGCGUAGAUUUGCGUUGAAUCGCGUCCACUAAUAAAAAUUACUGGUCAAUUAUGUAUAUUUAGUUUAUUUUAUAUUUUCUGUGAAUGUAUUGUAAGAUUGGUGAAUCUAUAUGUCAAUAAACAAUUAAAGACUCAAAAGUGA